AUGAUUUAUUAUAUUAAAAAUAUUCGUAUUUAUUUUGUAUUUAGUAAAAAAGAUGAAAUAAUAAUAGUAACAGCAACAUCACCAUCAUCAUCAGCAACAUCAAAAACAACAGCACUUAAUGAACAUAUUUAUGAUUCUGAUGAUGAUAUAGAAAAAUCACAUGAUGGUGAUGGUGAUUAUAUACCAACAUUAGGUGAUCUAGAUGAAACUGAUAGUUGUUCAGAUACUUCUGAUGAUGAUAAUAAUACAACAUUAACACAAUCACAAAAAGAUAGUCGAAUAGAAGUAGAAGACCAAGAAGAAGUAGAACAAUUAUUAUUAAAUCCUGACAAAUUUAAAAAAAGGAUUUCCAAUUUAUUUAAAAAAAUUCGUAAAUUAAUCAAAAUGAUAACUGAAUCAAGUAUAUUGACAACAUUUGUUCGUAAUGAAAUAAAAUGA